UUUCAUUCAUUCAGUCUUUGUUUUUCAUUGCAUCUCGCUAAAUAUAAAAAUUUAAUAAGUCCGAACAAAAGGAAACUAAAAUUUUUUAGUAACUAGUUAAGGGAAAAACCAAAUCGUCGCGAAUUCAAUUCUGUGCCAAUUAUUUACUUAUUUUAAUUCCAAUUUCAUCCAAUUUGUGUUCGUGCUAAAAUAUAAAGAUUCGCUAAAAAUCCAAUAAUUGUAAAUAUAUCAAUUUGUACGAAAAAUUGUACAACGAUUAUUCAGAAGGGAGCGGCAGCGUGAAGGAGGAAACUUUAACUUAUAGGAAAAAAACGUAUAACAAAAAUCGAAAACGGAGGAGCCAAAUUACAGCAGCAAGCCGAAAGCACAAGCGACGGCGGCGUGGAAAACUUCAACGUUUAGCUAAGCUUGUACACUUUUGCAGCGCUGCCAACGUCAAGUUGAAGGAUAAAUUAUAAAAAAAUAAUAUCUACAUAUACUUAUACACAUAUAUUUUGAUCAAAACAAGGCGCUGAACGCGUAAUAGUAACAAAAUUGAAAGGAUGACUUCUAAUUUGCGUCAAAUCCCGUUGACCUGCAGCGGUCAUACGCGCCCUGUGGUGCAUUUGGAUUUUAGUGACGUUUGCGAGAGCGGUUACUUUCUCAUUUCAGCGUGUAAAGAUGGCAGUCCCAUGCUGCGACAAGGUGAUACCGGUGACUGGGUGGGAACAUUCGAGGGGCACAAGGGUGCCGUUUGGGGUGUGGCGUUGAAUAGGAAUGCCACUUUGGCUGCUUCUGGUGCGGCGGACUUUACUGGAAAAGUUUGGAAUGCCGUCACGGGCGGUGAAAUCCACAGUUUUCAGCAUAAGCACAUUGUGAAAACAGUUGCAUUUGAUGCAAACUCAGAAAAUAUUGUCACUGGCAGCAAUGAGAAAUUGGUGCGUGUAUUUAAUUUGGAACAACCGAACGCCGAACCGGAAAUGUAUGCCGGUCAUGCAGGUGCUCUGAAACGGGCACUCUUCUGUCGCGAUGAUAAAUGCAUAUUGUCGGCAGCUGAGGAUAAAACCGUACGUUUGUGGGAUCGUUUAACUGGCAAUGAGAUACAGCGACUACAGUUUCCACAUAAUCCAAAUAGUAUGGAAAUAUCAGCUGAUAAUCACAUUUUGACCAUAACACAUGGUUCGACCAUCAGCUUCUGGGAGGUGGACACUCUCAAAAAGUUGAAAGAGGUGAAAGUGCCGACAAAUGUGUCCUCAGCUAGUUUGCAUCCAGACAAACAUGUUUUUGUGUGUGGCGGUGAAGAUUUUAAGAUGUACAAAUUUGACUAUAUAACUGGCAAUGAAAUUGAAUCGUUUAAAGGGCAUUUUGGCCCAGUACAUUCGGUAAAGUUUAGUCCAGAUGGUGAACUCUAUGCCAGUGGCUCUGAAGAUGGCACAUUGCGACUCUGGCAGACAACAGUUGGUAAGACCUACGGCCUCUGGAAGUGUACCGAACCGGGAGAAUUGAAUAAUUCACUGAAUUCUCCUCGCGAAGUACAUGCGAACUAAAGAAGUAUUCAUUAAUUGAUGUGGCGCAAUGGAUAGGUGUACACAACCGACAAGUCCAGACCCAUUCAGCAUUAAGAAUGAAACGAAUUUUAAACUACUUUAAAUUUAUUGAUCUUUUCAUUAAUUUACAAUCAAAAAAAUUAUCGUUUUGCAAAACUAUUAUUUUAUAAAACAUACCAGAGUGAAUGAUUUGUAAUGAAUUUGGAAAUUUUUUUAAAAGACAACCAGAGUUCCUGGCUAAAGUAAAAACUCACA